GCAUACAUUCACAAGCACACGCGUGUGAAUCAUCAUUUUUCUCUACAGAUACGAAACGGGAUUCUGUGCAUGUGUAUGCGUGUGACUUUUGUGACACACAAUUGUGCCGACGUAUUUCAAAACCACAUGUAUUCACCAACAGAAAAUAAAAACUUCUCUACUAAUAUUUUAUUCCGAAAGUGUGUUUCACCUUUCAUUUCUCAAGCAUAGCCAGCAGCACACAGCAACCAACCACGCUGAAUACCGUGUGUAUAUGCCCGACGACGUUUUCAAUGUAGUGUAAUCGUUGGUAAAAGUUACACUAUUCUUCUAUUUCACGAUUUCAUAGUCGAAUUACAUCUCGUGGCAAUAAAUUUAGUUUGUUCUUCAAGUGAAAGACAGUUGCAAGCAACUACCAAAAACGCAAUCAUGUCAGAAGUUGGACAAGGUGAUGCUGCAACCGGAAACACUGAGGCGCCCGUUAAAACAGCCAAACAAUUGGAGAAAGAAGCGAAAAAAGCGGAAAAAUUAGCCAAACUACAGGAAAAACAAAAGAAAUUGGCCGAGAAAAAAGCAACCGAACCUGCAGAAAAAGAGAACAAGAAGGCAAAGACGAAAGAAGUGAAAGAAUCCGCUGUCUACACGGUUGAUACACCUGCUGGCGAAAAGAAAGAUAUAUUGGGUGCAUUGCCAGACGCUUACAGUCCAAAAUAUGUCGAAGCUGCCUGGUAUUCAUGGUGGGAGAAACAAGGCUUUUUCAAGCCAGACUAUGAACGCCCCGUUACUGAGGAGAAUCCAAACGGUAAAUUUGUGAUGGUGAUUCCGCCGCCAAAUGUGACUGGUUCACUGCAUUUGGGCCAUGCCAUCACAGUGGCAAUUGAAGAUGCCAUAACGCGUUGGCACCGAAUGAACGGAAAAACUGUUUUGUGGGUACCUGGUUGCGAUCAUGCCGGCAUUGCUACACAAGUUGUUGUCGAACGGAAAUUGUGGCGUGAAGAGAAGAAAACACGCCAUGACUUGGGCCGAGAGAAGUUCUUGGAAAGGACAUGGGAAUGGCGUAAUGAAAAAGGUGGUCGAAUUUACGAUCAAUUCCGUCGAAUGGGUGUAUCCGUGGACUGGUCACGAUGCUACUUCACAAUGGAUGAUAAUAUGUCACGCGCUGUAAUCGAAGCAUUUGUCCGAAUGCACGAAGAUGGAACGAUCUAUCGAAGCUCACGACUUGUGAACUGGUCGUGCACAUUGCGUUCGGCCAUUUCGGAUAUUGAGGUGGAUAAAGUGGAGAUUCCCGGCCGUACAUUCCUUUCGAUUCCGGGCUACGAUGAAAAGGUUGAAUUCGGUGUGUUGGUUUCAUUCGCCUACAAGGUCGAGGAUAGUGAUGAGGAAAUUAUUGUGGCAACCACUCGUGUUGAGACAAUGCUCGGUGAUACAGCCGUCGCUGUACAUCCAAAUGACAAACGGUAUGCUCAUUUGCACGGCAAAUACUGUGUGCAUCCGUUUACAUCACGACGCUUGCCAAUCGUCACCGAUGACUUUGUUGAAACGGAAUUCGGUACUGGUGCCGUGAAAAUUACACCAGCCCAUGAUCCAAACGAUUACGAAGUGGGCAAACGUCAUAAUCUACCGUUCAUCACAAUCUUUAACGAUGAUGGUGUCAUCAUCGGUGAUUACGGCCAAUUCACUGGAAUGAAGCGAUUCCAGUGCCGUAAGGAGAUUUUGGUUGCUUUGAAAGAGAAGGGCUUGUACAAGGAGACAAUCAACAAUCCAAUGGUUGUACCGAUUUGCAGCCGAUCGAAGGACGUUGUUGAACCAAUUAUCAAACCACAAUGGUAUGUCAAGUGCGAUGAUAUGGCUGCCAAGGCUACGGAAGCCGUAAAAUCGGGCGAAUUGAAACUCAUUCCAGAAAUGCACAACAAAACCUGGUUCCAUUGGAUGGAUGGUAUCCGUGAUUGGUGCAUCUCACGACAACUUUGGUGGGGACAUCGCAUUCCUGCUUAUCGUGUCACAUUCAGCGAUGCCAAGUUGCAAGCCGAAAAUCCAGACGUUUGGGUGGUUGGGCGCACGGAAGAAGAGGCACGCCAGAAUGCGGGCAAGAAAUUCAAUUUACCCGUGACUCAAUUUACGUUGGCACAAGACGAAGACGUUUUGGACACAUGGUUUAGUUCGGCACUUGUCACAUUCGCUACAUACGGAUGGCCCGACAAAACACCCGAUUUGGAAGCAUUCUAUCCAGGCAAUCUACUUGAAACCGGACACGAUAUUCUCUUCUUCUGGGUGGCUCGCAUGGUGUUCUUCGGACAAAAACUCAUGGGCAAAUUACCAUUUACAGAAGUAUUCAUGCAUCCCAUCAUUCGUGAUGCACAUGGCCGUAAGAUGUCAAAAUCAUUGGGCAAUGUAAUCGAUCCAAUGGACGUCAUCACUGGCAUUUCACUGGAACAGCUGAACCAGUCACUCUAUAGCUCCAAUUUGGAUCCAAAGGAAAUCACCAAAGCAAUCGCUGGACAAAAACAAGAUUAUCCCAAUGGAAUACCCGAAUGCGGUUCAGACGCUAUGCGAUUCGCACUUUGCUCGUAUAAUUUGCAAACUCGCGACAUCAACCUCGAUAUUAUGAGAGUGCAAGGUUAUCGAUUCUUUUGCAACAAACUAUGGAAUGCCAUCAAAUUCGCUCUCAUGUACUUCGAUGGCACUACGAAAUACAAGUCAACCGUUGAAUUGACAAGCAACGAAAGCAAUAUGGAUUUAUGGAUAUUAUCGAGACUAGCAAACACCGUCGAAGCAUCAAACACUGGAUUCAGCUCGUAUGAAUUCUACAAUUCGUCAGCCGCUAUGUACAGCUUCUGGUUGUACGAUUUGUGUGACGUGUAUUUGGAAUGUUUGAAGCCGGUGUUCUUCAAUGGAACCGAUGCUGAAAAGGCAGCGGCCCAUCAAACCCUGUUCACAUGUUUGGAUGUUGGUUUGCGUUUGAUUUCACCAUUUAUGCCGUUCAUCAGUGAGGAGCUGUAUCAGCGUUUGCCACGCAAAGAGGGUGGUCCAGUGAGCAUUUGCAUUGCUCCGUAUCCAGUAAUAGAAACAUGCCCAUGGAAGAAUGAAGAGAUCGAAAAAGAGGUGGAAUUGGUGCAAAAAACGGCUCGAAUCAUUCGUUCCGCUCGAAGCACAUACAAUCUGCCAAACAAAACGAAAACCGAAGCAUACAUUAUCUCGACAUGUGCAACAACGAAGGGCAUUCUGCAGAAAUUCACCAACGAUCUGCUGACCACCGCCUAUUGUUCGAAAUUGCAUUUUGAUGAACAACCACCAACCGGUUGCGCAAUUUUACCGAUUACCGGCCAAUUGGAGGCGCAUUUACUGCUGAAGGGUUUGAUUGAAGCCGACAAAGAGUUACAAAAAUUGGAGAAGAAACAAACGCAACUAACACAAGCGAUUAGUAAAUUGAAUCAAGCAAUGAACGCCAACGAUUACACCAUCAAAGUUCCAGAGGAGGUGCAACAAAAAAACAAAGACACACUAGCUGAAAAUGAGGCCGAAAUCACACGUAUCAACGCCGCCAUCGAAUCACUCAAAUUAAUGUAAAGUCUUGCAAUGUCGAUGCAAACCAAUUAUUUAUUUCAACUCAAAUUGUAUACGAUUCAAUUGGCCAAAAUGGUUUCGAUACAGAAGUUUUUUUGUUACCUCUUUUUCUCAUAUCUCUUUUUUUUAAUUUUGAAUAAAUGUUGCAAACAUUUUUUUGUUGCUAACAAUAGCAAAUGGAA